UAACAUCAUUAUCUCACAGUCAUUUUAGGCUGGUUCUUACUACGCCUGGGCUAAUUUAUAUGCUAAUUUUGUAUUUUAAUAUCGAGUGAAAUUUAGAAUGCUUGCAAAAACUACCCGUCGAAAAAGCAGAGAAAAUUUAAUGCUCAUAUUCAUCCCAGGAAAUGCAAAAAUUUCCACAUUUUUUCAGCGAGAGGUAAUUUUAUUGACAUUCAAGAAGCCGCAAAUUUGAACCCAUUGCACUCAAAAGCAUCAUCCGUGAAAAAGGAACAAAAUUUGCAAUAAAAGUCUUCUUUUUCACGCCUUCCCACGGUAAAAUACCUCGACCAGGGCGGUAAAAUACCUCGACCAGGGUUCUCAGCUGAUUAAUGGCUCGUUUAUAGAUCGGCUGAUUUAUCCUGAGACGAACUAUAAAUCAAACCAUCAAUUCUAAUUCUAAAUUUCAGAACUAGAAUAUGAAUUUCUGUCACACUGAUUAAUGGAUUUCUCAUCUGUCCAACAAUUUUAGCCACUUGCUUCUUUUUUCUGCAGUUACCGCAUUGCUAAAAGGGUAAUAUAUACGAGGAUACCUUUUUGUUCAACAAAAACUGUAUUCAUUAUUGAUGCAAAAUUUAUAUUUCUAUUUGAUUCCAACCAUUCCUGUAUUUUUUGUCAAAGUACAGGUGAAUUAGAUUUAAUACGAAAGAACGCAAUUGAUAUUCAUAUUUCCUGAAAAAAGCAACUGAAAUAUUGUUAAAGAAGGGCAAUCAAUCACUUGGAGUGUUUGAAGGAGAAGGGGUUGCUUAUAUGAUCCUUUAAGCCAAACAAAAUAACGUCGGUACGUGGGAUUAUUUACAGUUCCGGUUUUGUUUGUUUCUGCCUUCAGCAACAACCAGCAGUUGACGAAAUCGACCACCUUUGACUGGAGUCAUGGAUCCAAAACUGAUUGGAAUGGCGGUUCCUCUGUUGUUCCUGAUUCUGGUUAGCUACCCUGAACUGGUGUUGAGCGAGACCUUAACAGUGACUACUAUUGAGUCAGAACCCUUCUUGAGGAAACAUGAUGACGGAAAACUCAGUGGAUAUUGUUAUGAUUUGGCCCAAAAGCUCAGCGAGCAAAUGAACAUGGAUCUAUCUAUGAAGCUAGUUGCGGACUCUCAGUACGGACAGCAGACGGACGAAAACACCUGGACUGGUAUGGUUGGGGAGGUCAUGACGGGCAAGGCGCAAGUGGCAAUAGCUCCUCUCACAGUGACCACGGAGAGGUCCAAGUUUGUGUCCUUCACCAAACCAUUCAUGUCCUCUUAUCUCGGAUUUGUGGCCAAAAAACCAGUGUACGAGGUGACCAAUACAGACGUAGUAUUGAACAUGCUACAAGUAUUCAGCCUGGCUGUUUGGAUUCUCAUCUUCAUCUCAUUCUUUCUGAUUGGCGGAGGCCUCUGGCUAGUCGCUAAGCUCAUCGGAGAUGAAGAGUUAUCCAGAGUUGAAAACGCAGUUCACUACAUAGUCGCAACACUUCUUUUUCUGACGCCUUCGGUUCAGCCGAAACACGUCGUCACCCGAGUCUACACGUACUUGUGGCUGUUGUUCCGAGUCACAGUCUUUAUACUCUAUGUCGUGUUCCUUUAUAAAUGGAUGUCGGUUGAUAGGGUCACCAGAGAGCCGGCGAAGAUGAGGAACUUCGACGACUUGGCGAUGGCAGCAAAAGAAGGCCGAGUCAAGGUCCUCAUGCCUCGAUAUGGUGCGACUGAGAAAACAUUCAGCAGCUCGCAGCAAGAGAUAUUUGAGAUCAUCUAUGAUAACUUCUUGAUAAAUGCCCCCGAACAACCGUCCAUUGAAAUGGUACACGCGGACAAGAGAAAUGUUUACAUAGGCGAAAUGCCGAUGCUGAAAUACGAGGCUAACAAGCCCCCCUGUGACUUGUAUGUAACGGGGGGUGACCAUAAAAACUCACUGCAACCUUUGAGAGGAUACGCAAUCGCUGUCAACAAGGAAGACGUUGAUUUGUUCAACAAAGUGUCGGACGCUAUGAACUUUCUGGAGGAUAUGGGGGUGUUCUUGCACCUGGAGAGGAAAUAUUUCGACCAACAGUUUUGUUCCUCCAAUGAGAUCCCUGGCAUCUCGGGUAGGCAAAUGAUGUCAUUGGUCCCGGCAAGGUCAAUUUUCCUGCUAGUCCUGAUUAUAAUUCUCUACGCAAUUGCUGUGUUCGUAUACACCAAGGCAUUCGGAACUUCCCAAAGGUCGGGAGGGGAAACUAAGCAGACUGAAAUGGAUCCGAAAGGCGGGGAUAUCGAAAAAAACUCGAAAACGUCGAAUGAACAUGAAGCUUGAAUAUCUAUUUCAUGAAGGUAAAAAAUGUGGUAAAUGCAUGAGAAACAAUUUCGCGUGUAAUAAAAUCAAUCGCUCGCUCAUAGGUAUGCUGCAAACUUGAGUUAUUUAAAUGAAAAAAACUGCAUGCGUGCUUGAAUAUUUGAAAACUUUGUAUCAUUUAAGAAUGACAAUUUAAAUUUUUUUAGUAA